CCAAACCAGCCAAUCGGAGCUGUGACAGUUCGGCACGUGACGCACAGUGAGUUGGUGCUGUGGCUGGAGGAGAACACAUCGACAUUUAGCCACAAAACAAUCGCACUUUUCAGACUGCCAGACAUUCUCUGAAGAUGGAAUUGUUGGCUGAUGUCUCUCUGCUUCCUGGAGAAGAUCGAAUUACAGAUCAGGAGAUCAUUUACAUGUGUCCAUUCAGUGGAGCUGUGAAAGGGAAAGUGUUGAUCACCAACUACAGACUCUACUUCAAGAGCUCAGAUGCUGACAUGAGGAAUUUGAGAUUUGCCCUGAAGCAGGAGGGCCACAGCAGGAGAGGCAUCUUUGAGACGCUCUUCAGAUUUGCCUUCCCUCUUUCACACGGUUUGCCUCUGUUUGCUUACUCGAAUCAGGAGAAAUAUGCUGAGAAUGGCUGGAACAUCUACAAAGCUAUGGAGGAGUUCAGACGUCAGGGCUUACCAAACAACAAGUGGCGUAUUACGUUCAUCAAUAGGAGUUAUGAGCUGUGUGACACAUACCCGACUGUCCUCGCUGUCCCCUUUAAAUGUAAAGAGGAUGACCUUAAAAGAGUGGCUGCCUUCCGGUCAAGAGGGCGCAUACCGGUUCUCUCAUGGAUCCACCGGGAAAACCAAGCAGUGAUUGUCCGCUGCAGUCAGCCCCUUGUUGGAAUGUCUGGUAAAAGAAAUAAAGAUGAUGAACGAUACCUGGACCUGAUCAGAGAGGCAAAUGACACCACAAAAAAACUCACCAUUUACGACGCUCGGCCCAACGUCAACGCAGUCGCCAACAAGGCCACUGGAGGGGGCUAUGAGGGCGAUGAAUACCUAAAUGCAGAGCUAGUCUUUCUGGACAUUCAGAAUAUUCAUGUCAUGAGGGAGUCGCUAAAGAAACUGAAAGACAUCGUCUACCCCCAUGUGGAGGAAUCCCACUGGCUGUCCAGUCUGGAGUCCACACACUGGUUAGAACACAUUAAGCUGGUGUUGUCGGGAGCCAUCCAAGUGGCUGACAAGGUUUGCAGUGGGAAUUCGGUGCUGGUCCAUUGUAGUGAUGGCUGGGACCGGACUGCACAGCUUACCUCACUGGCCAUGCUGAUGCUGGACAGCCACUAUCGCACUCUAAGGGGGUUCCAGGUCCUGAUUGAAAAGGAAUGGAUCAGCUUCGGUCACAAAUUUGCAUCGAGGAUAGGUCACGGUGACAAAAACCACGCGGACCAGGACAGGUCACCGAUAUUUGUUCAGUUCAUUGACUGUGUAUGGCAGAUGACCAGACAGUUUCCUACAGCCUUUGAGUUCAAUGAGCACCUCCUGCUCACCAUCCUGGAUCAUCUCUACAGCUGUCGCUUUGGGACUUUCCUCUACAACUGUGAGAGUGCACGAGACCACCAUGAGCUGAGAACCAAGACUGUGUCUCUGUGGUCUCUGGUCAACAGCAAGAUGGAUAUUUAUUUGAACCCCUUCUACACCCCCGAGUCUGGGCAGGUUCUCUACCCCGUGGCAAGCAUGCGCCACCUAGAGUUGUGGGUAACCUACUACAUCCGCUGGAACCCACGCAUAAGGCACCAGCAACAGAGUCCAGUGGAGCAGCGCUACAAGGAGCUUUUGGCCCUGAGAGAAGAAUACUUGAAGAAACUGGAGCAGCUCCAGUUGUCCGACACGUCUUCGUCCUGUCAGCUGGCUAACAGCAGCACCCCCAACACCACCUCAUCCACAGCCUCCACACCCUCACAGCAGUACACACACCUACACACUCCGCUCUAAGGGACGUUGUUGACAGACGGAAAGCAGAACCUCGUUUCAAUUGCACUGUUCAUGUCCUCUUUAUCUGUGUUCCUGUCUGACUUUGGUUCUAAAUCACACACACACUCACACACUCCGCACACAGGGGCUCAGUUUGGUUUUAGAAGCCCACCUUUGAGUAACAAAGAAUGUUAAUUCUUUCCGUCUUACCUGGACGUUUUGAAACGGCCGUUCUCCACACGGUGACGUCACACAGCAAAGCUUUGACGGCUAUCAAGGCUUGCAGUCUAAGGGCUCAACAGGACAGGACACACACAGCCUCUGCACGUCUGGUUUUCUAUAGUUUAUGGUUUAUCCUUAACCAUCCUUUAUUUUAACUUAAUUUAGUUCAUCACAAGCUUUUAACUACAUCAUUAUGAAUAAUGUAUUAACUGAUGGAGACUUAAGAUUAUUUCUGUAAACUGACAAGAGAACAGACAUUUUAGGGAAGCAGGCGUGUCCUCAGGCCGGUUACUUAGCAAGAAAAGUCAAAUUGUUGUGAGGUUAGGAAAGCUCGGCUCAUUUUCCCCUGAGCUCGGGUCUUGGUGUUUUGAGGUCUGCGAUAAUCCGGAGAUGCUGCUCCAGCGGUUCGUCUGCGGGUAGGUCCUUGUAAAUGCUGCACGCAGAGCAGGCCUGAACAGCAGGAGGUGCACUUUAGCAAAUUCUGCAUCAUCACCAGGGUUGGACAGGAAGUGCAUCCUACACACACAUAACUGCACUGCUUUUAUUUUUCUACAAGCUUAUUAAGGAUUUCCUGAGGUUAGUGUGCUAUUUUGGAGUAAAAGGACUUUCAGGGGUUUUGUUCAGUUCUACGGCCGUUUCUCAUCCCGGCGGCUUCCCUCCCGGCCACUGAACACAAAAUUCAAGAUGACAGCAGUGUGGAAGAAGCACGUUGGGACUUCAAAUGAAAGGGAACUGGUUACAUGUGCUUCGUGGGUAUUUUUACCAGAACAGGGAUGCUAGAGCUUCCACGCAGUAAGCAAAACGUAUCGAUGGGAGAUUUUUAUGGACAGUUGGAAAAGUUUCAGCCUCCAACAGCGUCACAGAUGAUAAUCUUGUUCAAGGGCCACAGGUUUGGUCUGAAAGGCUCUUCCCUAGCUGAGCUCUGCACUGAGAGCAGAACAGAAUAGGAAGAGCCCUUUUGUGAGGGAAUUCAGAAUCAGCUCCAGCCUAACAUUUAGAUAAGAGAUGAGUAAGAACUCUGUGAAGGCAACUGUUACAGUUUAUUUUCAGAUUGAUACGGACAUGUGGCGCUGGCCCCUGACCCUGGAUGAUCUCUUAGUUUUCUUUGAACACACUCAGGAUGAAGAAGCCAGCCCCGGCUCUUCGUCAUGUUAGCUCAGGUGUGGGAGAAGGAAACAAAUUUUUUCCACCAUCUCUGAAAACCUUCAUGAAAUAUGUACAUUUAUGCUACUCAAAUAACCCCCCUCCCCUUUUUUUAACUGGAAAUAAUUGUACAUGAUAAUUAAUUUAUUUUAAUACUUCCCAUUUUAUUACCCUAAUAUUGUUGGAGUGGCUUCUGGUUGUGUGAUGUUUGUUAGUCAGGUUUGUAUGUCAGGAAAACGCAGAGCAAUAACGCACUCACCCCUUUUCCUCUGUGGAAGUCCAGCUACAGGAUGUGCUGAUGACACUGAAUCUAGAAAGUAUUCCCAGCGUCUCGGUUUUUCUACCUUUUGUUUUUAUGUUUUGGCCUUAUUCCAAAUUGAUUCUGUAAUUGUUUUUCUCUCAACGUUCUCCAUACGAUACCCCAUAAUGAUAAAAAAAUGGUGCCCAUCUCCAGCUGCAUAAAACUGACCUGUCCAUAAGUGUUGACAGGCUUUGGUAUGAGAGUUAACUGUCCACUGUCACCACUUGCUCGUUAAGGAGGAGGCAUUGCUGCAAGUCAGUGACUCUAGGUAAUCCACUGGGUUUCCUUAGAUGGGAAACCCAUUUCAAUAAGAAACUGAUGGUUUUAAACCUGGGAUCCAACCAGAACGUAUUGGCUUUGAAUUGGCCUGUAUUAUUGGAGUGAAUGUGAAUUGUAGAACUUUAUUGCAAAGCGCCUUGAGACAUUUGUGAAUUGACAUUAUAUACAGAUAGACUGAAUAGAACUGAUUCCAUUCAAAGGUCUGCCAACAAAGUUUAUUUUUCUAAAAAAAAAAAUUGCUAAAGUGCUAUUGUUGUUUGUAGAUUAUUGAGCAAAAAAUGAAUUGAAUUAUGUCUUCAGUAUGACUGUAAUGUAACCAAACAGUAAAGACUUUCCUCAAGCUC